GCAUGAUGUGAUUUGGUGGCUUUGAUUGGCAGGUGGAACGCCGUAUUGCGGUAUGACGUGCACGCAGCUGUACGAGAAACUCCCGCAGGGCUAUCGGCUGGAGAAGCCGCUCAACUGUGACGACGAGGUGUAUGAGCUGAUGAAGCAGUGCUGGAAGGAGAAACCUUACGAGAGACCUUCAUUCGCUCAGAUCUUGAUGUCACUCAAUCGUAUGCUGGAAGAGAGGAAGACGUACGUCAACACGACGCUCUAUGAGAAGUUCACAUACGCCGGCAUUGACUGUUCUGCAGAGGAAGCCGGCUGACGCUUCGCUGUUACUGUACAAAUCUCAGAGCGCUUAACGAACGCUUAAU